AACUGGGAUCCAGAGUGAAAGCCAACAUGAAAUGUUUUCUGCUGAUGAUUGCACUCUAUGGAGCACUGUCUUCUGCUCUGCCCUUAAACAAAGAAACUGAUGAUGUUUCAGAAAAGGACAUGGAGAUUGCCAAGAAAUACAUGGAAAGCUACUAUCCCGAAUCAGAGUCAACACCUGUUUUGAGAAGUAAAAAAGGCAUUGAUAAGGAAAAAAUAAAACAAAUGCAGAACUUUUUGGGGCUGAAGGUAACAGGGAAACUGGAUUCAAGCACUUUGGAAGCAAUGAAGAAACCCAGAUGUGGGGUUCCUGAUAUAGCAGAAUAUCGUACCUUCCCAAUGUCUCCAAAAUGGGAAAAGAAAGACCUGACAUAUAGUAUUCAGAACUAUACACCAGACAUGGAGCGUGCCGAUGUAGACAAUGCAAUUGAGAGAGCCUGGAAAAUGUGGAGUGAUGUAACCCCAUUAACCUUCACGAGAGUUUCUGACAGCUCUGCAGAUAUAGAGAUCUCUUUUGCUUCUAGAUAUCAUGGUGACUUUAUUCCCUUUGAUGGACAAGGUGGGCAGCUGGCUCAUGCAUAUUCUCCAGCUUAUGGUGGAAAUGCCCAUUUUGAUGAGGAUGAAACUUGGAUGACAUCUUCAACAGGAAUCAACCUUUUUAUUGUUGCUGCCCAUGAGUUUGGUCAUUCCCUGGGUCUUUAUCAUUCCAGGGAGUUGGAUUCAUUGAUGUUUCCAACUUACCAGUUUGGGGACCCCGAAACAUUAACGCUUCAUAGGGAUGACAUCGAAGGCAUCCAGCAUCUGUAUGGACCCCCUGAAGAAGACAAUGGUGAACCAGAAAACCCAACAGAAAAUAACGAACAAUUGUUGGCAGAUUCAUGUGAUCCUAAUCUGACUUUUGAUGCUGUUGUCAGUCUCCGAGGAGAAACCAUCUUCUUUAAAAAUAGAUUUUUCUGGCGAAAAAAUCCAUUGAGAAGAGAGAUUGAGAAAGAUCCUAUUUCUGCUUUCUGGCCAACUUUGAACCACGGCAUAGAUGCUGCUUAUGAAGAUGAAGACAACGACACAGUCUUUCUAUUUAAAGGACAUAAAUAUUGGGCUACCAAAGGAAACAUUAUUCAGCCAGGUUUUCCAAAGAACAUCCACAGCCUGGGUUUCCCCAAAACUGUGAAGAGCAUUGAUGCAGCUUUUUAUGAUAGAAGCUCAAAGAAAACAUACUUCUUUGCUGGCAGCAAUUACUGGAGAUAUGACAAAACCAGGAAUUCCAUGGAGAACCCAAGGAGCAUUGAAACUGAAUUCCAUGAAGUUGGUCCUCAAGUGGAUGCUGCUUUUCUGCAUAAUGGACGCAUCUAUUUAUUCCGUGGCUCACUGCAAUAUGAAUAUGACAGCAGAACCAACCAGUUUCUUGGCAGAAAGAAGACCAAUAGCUGGUUUGGCUGCCACUGAUGUUUGGGCAAGAAAGAGAGAGAAGUCACUGAAAAGAGCGGGAUCUCUUUUUCUUCACACACCUAGCCCUGUUAUCUUGGUUACUCUUUCUUUCUAAUUUUUGUGAAUCAAAGAAAAAUGUGCAGAUUGUUACCUCAGACUAU